GAUCUAAGGGUUUGUCCAGUCUUUGGUGGGUGGACGAGCAGGUGGGGCCUCCUCCUCUGCCUCUGCUCCAUGGAUGAUGAUGAUGAUGAUAUCCGGAAUUCACUUUGAGUGUGAUGUACAACUGCUUGGUCUCAUUUGUUUGGUUGGUCUCAUCGUUUUGUGGAAGGAGGCUGAAAUGGCGAAUCAGAUCUUCUAUCACUACCCUUGAAUGAUUGAGUUGGUGAUGGUUGUGUAGAUGCGGCUUCUGGUACCAAUCAGAGGGGGGGUGGCAAAAAAUGCAUCUUUUUGGUUGUUUGGGUAGGGAAAACUCUUGGUUUUUGCUGUGUAGGGAGGGUGAGGGAUCAUUCGGAAUUCUUGUAUUGAUUUCUUUGGACUUGGGACCGUGAGCACAAAGAUUUCCAAUCAUUUACAAGGUUCUUUAUUGUUCUUUGUCUGGCUUCUCUGGUUCCCAAUUUCCCUCUGGUUACCGCUGUGUCCUCAGCUGCCAGUUAGCCAGCAGGUGUCGAUUUGCUGUUCAAGACAUAGUCCGGAUCCAAUUUUCCAUCAGUUAAUUCGAAAUAAUUUAGUGGGACGGCUGUUUCAAAGGAAAGAUCCGAUCAUGUGCUCAUAAUUUGAUGGAUUUGGAGCAUCCUUUUUGCCGCUUGAUUUUCUAGUUAUAUGCUUAAUUGGAGAGACGGCGAUGGAAGAAGAAAGCUGCGGUUCAUCAUGGACGAGGGAGCAGGAAAAAGCAUUCGAGAAUGCCUUAGCAACUCACCCCGAGGAUUGCAGUGACCGGUGGGAGAAGAUUGCAGCUGAUGUGCCUGGGAAAACCAUCGAGGAAGUGAAGGACCACUAUGAGCUUCUGGUUGAGGAUAUCAAUGGCAUCGAGUCUGGCAGAAUCCCUCUACCCUGCUACCCCUCUUCCUCGGAAGGUGGUGACCAUGCUAAUGAUGGUGGUAGUGGUAAAAAGGGAGGAAACCCACAUGGUGAUCACGGUCACACUGGGAAGGCAUCGAGGUCAGAUCAAGAACGCAGAAAGGGGAUAGCUUGGACCGAGGAUGAACACAGAUUGUUUCUUCUUGGACUUGAAAAAUAUGGCAAAGGUGAUUGGAGGAGCAUUUCUCGAAACUUUGUAAUAUCGAGAACACCUACGCAGGUCGCAAGCCAUGCACAGAAAUACUUCAUUCGUUUGAAUUCCAUGAACAAAGAGCGCCGAAGGACCAGCAUCCAUGAUAUCACCAGUGUCGUCAAUGGCGAUGUAUCAGCUCCUCAGGGGCCAAUCACCGGACAGAAUAUCGGGUCGGUUGCAAGUACAGGGAAAUCUAUCAAGCAAUCUCCUCAGUCAUCAAGUGGUGCUCCUGGUGUUGGCAUGUAUGGAACCACCAUUGGACAGCCUGUUGGUGGUCCUCUCACAGCAGUAGGUACUCCAGUUAAUCUUCCUGUUCCUGGAGCACCUCAUAUGGCCUACGGCAUGCGGGCCCCAGUUUCUGGAACUGUGGUCCCUGGUGCCCCAGUGAACACCCCACCAAUUCCACACCCAAUGCCUCCAGCAUCAUCCAACAGAUAGUAGCAGUAUGUUCUUGUGGACAGAAGACAGGAAGGGCUACUUGGUCUCAUGCAUUCUCAUCAUCAUCAAUUCAGAUCAACUGAUAGGUACAAGGACAUAUUCUUCUAGUUAUGUUGUAGUCUCAGAGUUAGAUAUUGUUUAAUUGUUUCAUGUCUAAAUGGCAAGGGGAACGUCGAUUUAUGUACUUGAUGUGUUCAAGAGUGGCUGCAGAUAAAGACAGACAAGAGCAGCUCUUAGACUAAUGUUAAUCCUGUCUCUUGUAUGGUGGCUCUUUGAUCCUAAUGCAGAAACAGAAGUGCAGGUUCA